AUGCCCAGUGUCCCCACGGUGACAGGAUUCCUCCUGCUGGGUUUCUCGGUGGUCCGGGAGUUGCAGCUGGUCCACGCUGCGCUGUUCCUCCUGGUCUAUCUGGCGGUCCCGAUGGUGAAUCUCCUCAUCGUCGUCGUCACUACCCCCGACGGGCGCCUCCACAUUCCCAUGUACUUCUUCCUUAGGAACCUGUCCCUCAUCGAACUCUGCCUCAUAUCCGUCACCCUCCCCAAAUCCGUCACCAUCUCCUUGACUAAUGACAGCUCCAUCCCCUUCUUGGACUAUGUGGCUCAGCUCUUACUGGUGAUCUUGUUUGCCGCUUCGGAGUAUUUUGUCCUCACGGCGAUGUCUUAUGACCGCUACGCCGCCAUCGGCUGUCCCCUGCACUACGAGGUCAUCAAGGACCAAGGGGCCUGUGAGAAGAUGGCCGCUGCCUCCUGUCACAGUCGAGGGCUGUUUGGGGUCCUAUUUUCAGCUUCGACCUUCUCCCUGUCCUUCUGCAGGUCCAGCAUCGUUCAGCAGUCCUUCUGUGAUGCCUCCUCCCUGCUGAAGAUCACCUGCUCCGAGGACCACGUCGCUAUCGACGUGAGCGUGACCGUCGGGAUAGCGUUAGGCGUCGGCUGCUUCUUCUCCAUCGUAGUCUCGUACACGCGUAUCUUCUGGGCCGUUCUGAGGAUGCUGGCCGCCGAGGGCCGGGACAAAGCCUUUUUCACCUGCCUGGCUCACCUCGCCAUUGUUAUCAUUGUCAUUUUGACAGCUGUCACCGCCCAUCUGAAGCCGCCUACGGACUCCUCCUGGAUGCCGAACCUGCUGGUGUCUGUGUUAUACGCAGUGGUACCCCCUGCCCUGAACCCCUUCAUCUACAGCCCGAGGAGCUAG